AUGGAGAGUGAGAAAGUAAAAUCCAAUACCAGUGUUUUUUGGUUAAUCAAAGGAGACUACGUUGAGAUGAUAGAUGAGUUGGCCAAGGUAGACUGGAAGCAAAGACUGUAUGGUGGGACAAUUUUGGAACACUGUCAGAUUUUCAAAGUGCUCAGCAAAAUCAGUCUGGUGGAUUCCUGUGGACAGAGCAUCAGGGCUGAUGGGAUCAUUAUCAACUCGCACCAAGAAUCUCAAAAGGGCUAUUUUGUCACUGUUGGGACUGACUGUGAGUUCACAAUGGAGGCUACUGCCCCCAAAGACAAAAUUCAGUUCCAGUUUAGAUUCUUCUUGGUCUACAGUCUGCUCCGAGAGUCUUCUAUCCUUCAAGUGGGCAUGCCACUUCGGGCAGAGGAGGUUACUGACACAUGCAAUGCUGGAUCAUAUGUACAAUUUUAUGAUGGCAAGGAUAGACAUUCACCACCUAUUCGCUCCAUUCUAUGUGGGAAGAGGAUCCCCAAGCCAGUUUUAUCAACUGGGAAUUACAUGACGCUGAGACUGGUUACUAGAGGUCAGCAACCCCGAGUGGACUUUGUUGGAGAUUUCACAUCUUUUCAACCAGGUUUCAAGUCUUCAACAUGCAGUGAAGAACAGUAUUUCCAAUGUCAAAAUGGAAAGUGUAUUCCCAAGAGUCUGGUCUGUGAUUCACAAGGUAUUGAUAACUGCGGAGAUGGCAGUGAUGAAUCUGAACUUCUUCCAUCAAAAUGCAAAGAGAUUUUGUUUCGCUCAGCCAUUGUUGGUAAAGGCAACCCAAGCACUAUUGACCCUAACAAUUCACUGUCACCUUCUGUCAACUUCACCGCUCUUUGUCAAACACCAAAUAGACAUCAUCACCUUCUACCAAACAGUGUUCCUUAUCCAGACUCUGUCACAGACAGCAAGUCGUACCUUUCACUGCUCACACUCUACAUCGUCCUGGGAGUUAUUGCUGGAGUGGUCCUGCUGUUCUGGUGUUGCUGGUUACCAGGCUGGUUUAUUUGGAGGCUCAGUAUCUGCAGAUUCCUCCCAUGCUGUAAUUCCUUCUGUGCAGCCUGUCAGCUCUGCACACAUAGCUGCUGCCACAAUGACAACAGUCGACUUGCCAAAGUCACACCACAAAGCACAGUGCCUGUGUCUGUGUAAUUGGCACUUCCAAG